GCAAGGAGCUCUUUGAAAUGGAUUUCAUCUCUCCUUUUACUCUGCUCUGCUUGCUGGUGAUAAUAACUGUUACUCAAGGCUCUGCCAUCUGGACUGGUGCGCUCAGCGGCGACUCAGCAGUCUUUUCUUUGGAAAUCCAAAGCCUGCAGAACUUCUCCAGUAUGAGCAAGGAGGAUAAGAAAUGCUCUACAACUGUCCUAAAUGAUACUUUGCUGGCCAAGUGUGGCACUUCUGCCAGUAGAUGGCUGAACUUAGAGAACGGCUCCCUAGUGCUGAGGAGCGUGGAGAAAGAUGAUGAAGGAAAAUACGGAUUUGUUUUUCAGAACACCACCAGAAAUUUUACACUGGAAGUAUUUGAGCCGACCAUUGGUAUCCAGUGCUUCCCUGAUGGGACUGCAGAGCUGUCCUGCAACGUGGCCAGCAGCCAGAUCCUGGUCUUUCGGUGGCUGCUGAAUGGCACCCACCUGAAAGCUGAGGGGGCUUGCAUCAAGGAUGCUGGGAAGAAGGUUCACCUGGGCAAAACUGAGCCUGGGGAGUUUGUGUGUGAAGUUUUGAAGGGGAACAGUGUCACGAGGACCAGGCCCAUCACGCUCUCUUGCAGCUACGACCUGCUGCGGUACCCGGGGUUCAUUUACAUCCUGGCAGGGUGUGCAGCGGGCGUGCUUAUCCUGGUGGUGGCUUUGCCUGCAGCCAUAUGUUGCUGCAUGAAGAGGAGACACAAGUUCAUCCCCGUGCCUUCAGAGGAGGAGAAGGAUGAUGGAUUGACAAUGUCAGUGGUGUCCGGUGAAGGCACGAAGAGCCCCCCCAAUGGAGACCGUGUCGAGGCUCAGGCUGCCCAAACUGACCGUCCUCCGAAGCCUGACGCUGCCCAGGUUGCUCAAGGCGUUGAGCCCCAGCCACUGGCAGAAGAAAACGUUCCAGGGCAGAUAGAAGCUGAGGAAAUGCCAGAUCCUGAGGUCAUAGUUGAUAUGGAAAGCCAGGGAGAUGCCUCAGACUGCUUCCCAGAUCCAACUGAUGACUGAUCUGACAGUGCUUGCCGCUCCACCCUGAGGCCUGUGACACUCCUUUACAUCCCAUAGUCUCACUGUGUCUGGAACAUUUCAGCAGGGGAAAGACGUGAGGUGUCAGACCUUCUGACCUCACUCAAAAAGGAAAAAAGGAAAUACAGAGAAAAGCACACACGUGGCUUCAAGGCUGCACUGCUGUGGCCCAGCAGGUUCACUAACAAACAAAAGCAGGCAGCUCCUUGGUGCUUUGCCUGCGAACAGAGCUGCAGCUAAACCUGGGAGCUCCAGGGACCAGCCUGGAAUGAGACAGGCGGCUCCUCCUGCCCCCUGCCCACCCCAUGCCUUGCCAUAUCUUUGCCAGCCAGGGCCAGGCACUACAGCCAGGCUGAGGUGCCCUGCCAGUCCCAGUCAGAAACCAAGGACUUGCCAGAAAUUUCCUGAGAAAGGUUUUUCUCAGGAGACUUCAGGGCAUUUUUUUCCCAGGCCCCGCCAAGGAAACUCAAAGGAGGUUUCAGCUCGGUAUCUGCUGUCCUGGGUGCUUAUCUGAGCUGCUCCUCUGAGCUCCAGACCCUGUGAUUUGGCCUCACCUCUUGCUGCCUGCAGCAGGAGCAGUGGUGGGGGCUUGAAAUUUGACUUGCAGCUGCUGUGGGCAGACCUGGGGUGAUGCUGGCUUUGCUCCCCGCUUAGUGCCCCAAGUGACAGAGGGGACAGGUUACCUUUCACCAGAACCCUGGUUGGCUUCUGCUGCUUGGGCUGUCCCUGAGCUAAGCCAGCACUGUCACCCGCUUGCCUGCAGCAGGAGGGGGCCUGGGGCUGCAAUUUUGGCAGAAACCUUGAUUUUAACGCUGAGGUUGUUGAUCAAUGCAAGCAUUAGUGCCUUUAGUGUGAUAGUUUAGCUACUGCAAGCUGAUGAAGCUGGACAUCUGCCUGUGCAUGUAGGCUUGUUUGGAGCUGUGUUAUUUGCACAGACAGGAGCAAUUUGUAGAAUCUCUUAGGUAAGUCUUGCUGCUAUGCAUGUCCUGUUCUGCUCAGAGGAGGUGUGCCUGUGGAGCAGCUGGGGGAGACCUGCAGGGAAGAAGGAUGCUGGCAGCAGGCAGCUGAGUCCCAGCAAAGCUGAAAGGGACUGCAGGGCUGUCAGGCUGCAGAGUGCUGCAGGAUGUGCUGCCAGGGUGUAGGACAAUUUUAGUAGUCAGAGUGAGGUGUUAAAUCGGUUGUUAGUGUUACAUUAGCCUGCUGGGCUAGAGAGUGUGGUAAUAAAAGCAGAGAUGGCACAGACUGGGACCAAAAGGGAUGGGGAGGUGUGUACUGCAUUCCUCUCCUCACCUGUCAUUUCGUCCCUGUUUUAUAUUGUGCUGACACUGUGAAUCCCUUGGAAAUGGGUUUAAGAUAAGCCUGGUGAAUGCCAUCCAAGGAGGGCUGUGAGCACCCCAGCAGAAUCCAGACAAAACCAAAAGCUUCUCUCCCAGGUGAGGGAGCUUACCUGGGAGUCCUUCAUCUCUGUGUACUGGCCAAGGCUCUGCAUCAGUGACACCCAGCCAUAGGUGAUUGUUCUCGUUGUUUCCUUGUCCUGUGACUGUCUUUAGAAGAUCUUUUGUGCUGUGCUGGUGGUGAUUCAGCCUUUCUCCCCUUUUAAAGGCUGCAGUUGGAAUCUGAUUUUCCACGGUGAGAGGGAGGUGAUAAUUCUUUUCCUUACGGUGCUGUUCUAACUCUUUUCAGUAUAAACAUUCCUCAGAGGCUGUGAGUUUAAUGGCAAAAAAGUGACACAGAGUGCCUGGGGGUGGCAGUGCAGAAGCAGCGAUGCCAGGUGAAUGUCACCACGCCAGUGUCACCAAAUUGCGGGGAUGUAGUCAGCGUUGCUUCAUUCUGCACUUUCUGGCAGGGGCAGGAGGGGACACUCGACUCCAGCACAUCCCUCAAAGGCUGAACUACUGCUCUGAGCUGCACUGGAGAAAACAGGCAGUGUUUCAGUGCUGAGGGUGAGAGCUGGGCCAGCCUUGUCCUGCUGGGCUGGGGCAUCCCAGCUCCAGCUUAUCCCAGUGCUGCCUUCCUGCUGUCAGCCCUGGGAGGGCUGGGGGUGCCCAGCAGCUGUGAACACCAUCACUAUUAUGAUCCUGGUUCUGGAAGGAUUUUUCCCAUAGAAAUGUGAGAGGUCUUUGCAAGACAGAUUGGACCACAGCUGAUUUUUUGUCCUUUACCACUGAAAAUGCCAUUGAGCAAUGGGGCAAAAGUUUUUGUUAUUGUGAGGUCAGGAGAGAAGUGAUGCAGCCUGUGUUCUUCCUUUAACUGUAUGUGCUCAUGCCCAG